GUUCUCCAUAUUACAAAACCCCCAGCAGCUUCAAAACUCUUCCGAUCUCUCUUUGACGCCGCAAUUCUCUCCUCCCCAUUCUUAUAGUUUCUUCUCGGAAUCACAAAUCUCCUGCUUCUUGUUCCGUGGUGUGUGUUGUUGGUUAUUGAAUGGCACUUGUCCAGAGGAUUCCCAUUUCCUCCUCUAGUGUUCGGAAUUGGCAACAAGCUAGGACCAAUUUGAGUCCUAUUUCUUGUUUACAUUACAAUACUGCGUCUUCUUCUUCACCCUUUACAGAGAAGCACUCUGUGGAGAGAUACCAAAGGGAUCAAUGGCUCUACAAGGCAGUUGAACCCACGCCACCAUCGACUCCAUCUCCAUCGCCAUUCGAAGAUGAAGUCUUUGUUAGGGAAAACGAUAUUGCAUCGCAGCUGCCUGAGCUGAAGAAGCUCUUGGCUGUGCUGAGAGAAAAGAGAGUUAAAGGCUGCAAAGGCGGUGAUUGUGGACCGGGAGAUGUGUAUCUGGUGGGCACAGGACCAGGAGAUCCUGAGCUUUUGACUCUUAAAGCUGUUAGAGUUAUUCAAAGUGCCGAUCUUUUGCUUUACGACAGGCUUGUUUCCAAUGAUGUCUUGGAGUUAAUUGCUCCUGAUGCUAGACUUCUUUAUGUCGGCAAAACUGCUGGUUAUCAUAGCAGAACUCAGGAGGAGAUUCAUGAACUACUCCUAAGUUUUGCUGAAGCUGGUGCCACCGUUGUCAGGCUUAAAGGUGGAGAUCCUCUGGUCUUUGGACGGGGCGGGGAAGAAAUGGACUUUCUACAACAGCAAGGGAUUCGAGUUCAAGUUAUCCCAGGGAUUACUGCAGCCUCGGGGAUAGCAGCAGAGUUGGGGAUUCCGUUAACACAUCGAGGUGUUGCAACUAGUGUGAGGUUUCUCACGGGUCAUUCUAGGAAAGGAGGGACCGACCCUCUGUUUGUAGCAGAGAAUGCAGCUGAUCCGGACACAACCCUCGUUGUUUAUAUGGGGUUGGGAACCUUACCUUCUCUUGCACAAAAACUAAUGGACCAUGGUCUCCCUUGUGAUACACCAGCUGUUGCGGUCGAACGUGGAACCACUCCUCUACAGCGUACAGUUUUUGCUGAGCUUAAAGAUUUUGCAACUGAGAUUCAGUCAGCUGGAUUGGUGUCACCAACACUCAUCAUCAUAGGGAAAGUCGUCGAGCUCUCACCUUUAUGGCCACAUUGCACGAAAGAAUCCUCCUGCCUUGUAGAAAGCCGGUAGACAUUUCACUCUUAUUUUAUGGGUCAGUGGCUUCCAUUGACAUUACGGUGAAGUUGUAGGAGCUAUGGAGCUAUGAAGGUUGAGACUUGAGAGAUUAAUAAACAAAAAGGAAAGCUUAUAUUUUCUUGUGUCCCUGUCCUUCAAUUCUUUUUGGACAAUGCCAAUGGCAAUGUUAAUGUAAUAACAAGUUUCAAUGCCAUUGUUACUAAAUUUUCCCACUACAAGAUGGCUUUAAUAAAAUCUUAAUAGUCAA